AUGAGUGUUAGCCCAAAUAAUGUUCCGGUCAUAUUUCCAGUUUUAACAACGGAAGAUUGGUGGGAGUCAUUGUUUGUAGUCACUGAUCAUGACGCGCAGGCUGCCUUUGGAGGUUUGCAUGGCGCUGUAAAGAAUGAAGCAGCAGUGGCGCGUGAGGUUUACGCUGUGAAACAUUAUAGAGGGGUGAGAAGGAGGCCGUGGGGGAAGUACGCAGCAGAGAUAAGAGAUCCGGCGAAGAACGGUGCGAGACUGUGGCUUGGGAUUUAUGAGACGCCAGAGGACGCGGGGUUGGCUUAUGACCGAGCCGCGUUUAAGCUACGUGGCUGCAAAGCCAAGCUGAAUUUUCCUCACUUGAUUGGCUCGAGUAGCAUUGAGCCCGUUAGGGUGACCCCUAACCGGCGCCGCUCGCCUGACCACUCGUCUGCGUUGGCAUCGACAUCGGAUGGUUAUGAAACUCAGAUGCCAAAGCGAAUUAAGGCUGGGAUUGAAUACUUGGCUGCUUGAGAUAGAGUAUAAUGUAACAAGUUAUGAAAUUCUUGCGUUUUCUUUUCCUCGUGUUAAAAAUUUUACA